AUGGAAUCCAUCAAGGAGUCUUUGUCUACACUGACUGAUAUGUUUAAUGCCCGGAUGAAUGAAUUUCAGCAAGACUUGCAUAAAACUUCGUCACCUGUUUCAUCUAGCGCCCUGCCAACUGAAUUUAAUAACUUCAGGACCUUCAUUGUUUCCGUGCUAAACACUUUGCAACGUCAAGUUGAAUAUCUUGCUUUAGAGGUUGACCGGCAUGAAAUGAGAAGAAGGCGUAAGAUGAUUCUUUUCCACGGUGUCCCAGAGAUUAAAAAUGAAGAUAGUGCAGCCAGAAUCACAAGUUUGAUCGCUGACCAUCUCGAUCUGCAGAACUUUUCUACCGAAAGCAUUAAAGACUCUUAUCGCUUAGGCCGCCCCGCCGUCAAGCCUAGGCCUAUCGUAGUGAAAUUUAGCGAUGUUAAUGUGCGUAAUAAAGUGUGGUUCGCCAAAACCAAACUCAAAGGCACUGGUUUCACCCAGUCGGAGUUCCUCACGAAGAGUAGGCACGAAGCGUUUUUGGUGGCAAGGCAGCGUUUUGGUGUCACCAAGUGCUGGACUCGGGAUGGGUGCAUCCACAUUAUAGCCCCGGAUGGGUCUCGGCAUCGUGUGGAGUGUAAACUGGAUUUAAGUGUAAUUCCGAGCAAUCCAGUUAAAUCGCCGCAGAACGUAUCAGUUCCCAAAACAACAGACAAAGUGGUGGCUUCUCGCGUUAAACGAAUAGUAAAAAAA